AUGUAUGCAAAUAGAGAUUCCCCAGAACCACUUCAAUCAAUUCAAUGCGAUGAACUAAGUGAAUUUUUUACUUCAGUGAAUGGGGUUUUAUAUACAAAAGAUAAAAAAUCACUAGUUUUCUUUCCGAGAAAUCACUCCAAAUCAUUCAUACUGCCAGACUUUAUUGAAAAUAUUGGAUAUUAUGCAUUCGGAAAUUCUUUGAUCGAAUCCAUUACUUUCACACCAAACGUCAAAACAAUUGAAGCAUAUGCAUUUAAAGGCUCGUUAUUAAAAUCAUUAAAUCUUCCGGCUUUCAUUAAUUUAAAUAAUUAUGGACAAUUUCAAAACUGCCAAAACCUAAAUGAAAUAACAAUAGAGAAUGGAGUCACAACAAUUAGCCCAACAUGUUUCAUGGGGGCAAAUAUAUCUUGUAUUGUAUUUCCAAAUACAUUAAGAUUUAUUGGUAUCAAUGCUUUUGCAAAUUGUUAUAAUCUGAUUAAUGUAACUAUCCCCAGGUCAGUUACAGAUUUAGGUGGUAGAUGUUUCUCUUCGCAUACCAACAUUACUUUUGAAGAAGGAUCUCGAUUCAUAAGAGAUGAUCAAAAUCUAAUAUAUAAUUCAAGAACAACCCUGUCUUUAUGUUUGAGCGAGAAAGAAUCAUAUACAAUACCAGAAGAUGUUGAAAGGAUUUAUGACAACCUUUUUAGUGAAAAUGAUAAUCUCAAAACUAUUGUUUUUGAAGGUGAAUCGAAGCUUAAAGCGAUAAAUGGUGCAGCAUUUUCUAAUUGCAGAAAUCUAACAAAUAUUAUUCUUCCGAAUUCUCUUGAAAUUAUUGGUCCAGCCGCAUUUUUAGGUUGCACAUCCAUCAGAACAAUAAAAUUUGGAAAUAAACUGAAAACAAUAUUGGGUACAGCAUUUUGUGGUUGUACAAGUCUUGAAACGAUCGAAUUUUCAGAAUGUGAAAAUGCAACAAUUCGAGAAAGUGUUUUUAUUAAUUGUAAGAAUCUCAAAAAUAUAAUUUUCUCAAAUAAUAUAACAUUAAUUCAGAAUUCAUGUUUAGUGAAUUGUUGGUCGUUGAGAGAAAUUGUUUUCCCAUCUUCAUUAGAGAAAAUUGAUACAUAUGCAUUCAGUAACACAGGAAUCAUAAACAUCACAUUCCCAUCAGAAUCUAAACUGACAUCUAUUGGUUUGGGCUGUUUCAGCAAAUGUGUUAAUCUUUCACACAUCACACUUCCUCCAAAUGUCAAACAGAUCGGAUCCAACUGCUUCGAGAACACGAACAUCACAACUUUUACAGUUCCAAAUAACACCGAAUACAUGUCAGACUAUGUCUUCAAAGGAUGCACAAACCUCGUCAAGUUCACAAUUCCAUCAGAUUGCUCUCUUCGAAACAUCGGUAAUUUGUUCUUCGAAGGAUGUUCAUCUCUGUCUGUCAUCGAGUGUCCACGAAGUGACUACUUCGCAGUCGAUGUCGGUGCUCUUUACAACAAAUCAGAGACUGUCCUCAUCUGCUUCCCUCCCGCGUCGCAGAUCAAAUUCUUCAAUCUCCCGCAGACACUUCGCACUAGAUCAUCAGGUGCAUUCAUCGGUUGUAGAAAUCUCAUCAGCAUCUCUAUCCCAGACGACUCCGUUCGGAUCAUUAAACAAUAUGCGUUCGCAAACUGCUCUUCACUGACAGCAAUCAACAUCCCUAAUUGCGUCGAGAACGUCGAAAGUUCUAUCUUCUUCGGAUGUGAUCAUCUUAGGUGUGGAGUCAUCAUCGAGAACAGGUCAAUUUCAUUUAUUCGUAAAAUCAUUUCUGAAUGCCUUCUUAACCCGAAAGCGAUAUUCUCAUGUGACUUUCUUACAUGCCAAUGCAGAAUCAUCAACAGUGAAAUCACACAAUCACUUCUCUAUGCAUUCACUAUUAUUCUAUAUGUAGGAUUAUUAUAA